CAUAUGUUCUGCUUUUAUUUUCCAAGUAAACAAAUUCUUCAAGUGUUCUAGGAGGUUAGCCAGCAAUACGAUAGCUGAAGAUAGUUCAGUGUGCUGCUGAGCGUUGAACAGUGCGGAACGUUUUCGUGGAACUUUUGUAGAACUGUUAAUUAAAUUGCAAGCAAAAUGGCGUUACGUAUCGUCUUCACAAUGCCCGUGAGCAAGGCAAUGAGCCAAACUUUGGUGCGUGCCAUGUCAUCACAGGCUGGUGCCUCCAAGAAUGUCGGCUUCAUCGGACUCGGCAACAUGGGCGGUCAUAUGGCUAGCAAUCUGAUCAAACAGGGACACAAAUUGCAUGUCUUUGAUAUCUCCAAGGAUGCCUGCAACAAUUUGAAGGCCAAGGGUGCUACCGUCUAUGACAAGACCACCGAUUUGGCGAAGAACUCCGAUUUCGUGAUCACAAUGUUGCCCAAUAAUGAUAUCGUGUGGAAGGCAUAUAACGAUAUGACUGCCGAUGGCGUCAACAAGAACACCGUCUUCAUCGAUUCAUCCACCAUCGAUCCGAAUUUGGUGAAACAGCUGCAGAAGUUCAUUAGCGAAAAGGGUGCGCGUUUCAUUGAUGCGCCCGUUUCGGGUGGUGUACCCGGCGCUGAACAGGCGACACUGACCUUCAUGGUUGGCGGUACACAAGAUGAAUACAACACCGUCAAACCCAUUCUCGAGGGUAUGGGUAAACGUAUCACCUACUGCGGCAGCUAUGGCAUGGGUCAGGCGGCGAAAUUGUGCAACAACAUGAUGUUGGCCAUUUCCAUGAUUGGCACAUCGGAGGCCAUGAACUUGGCCAUACGCCAAGGUUUGGACCCCAACGUAUUCGCUGAGAUCAUUAACUCAUCGACUGGUCGCUGUUGGUCGUCGGAAUUGUACAACCCCGUGCCCGGCGUCACACCCACCGCACCCAGUAAUAGAGACUAUGCUGGCGGUUUCUCCACCGAUUUAAUUACUAAGGAUUUGGGUUUGGCCGCCGGUGUGGCCACCGCCACAAACACACCCAUUCCAUUGGGCGCUCUGUCUCACCAGAUUUACCGUACAUUGAAGGCACAUGGUUUGGGCAACAAGGAUUUCUCUGUUGUCUAUGAAUUCAUGAAGAACGAUGCCAACAAUUAAGGGGCGUAUGGAGUGCGUUAGAGGAAGUGAGACGUGUGAAACGCUUUGGAAUUCCCAUAACAGUACAUGUGGCAUUUAUGAUUCUAACCAGAAUUGCAUUUAUUGAAAUAUGUUUUUUAACUUUAAUUUGAAAUGAUUGUAUAUCUAGUUGUUUAGAAAGUUAAGUGUUGAGCUUUUAUAAGUAAAGAGUAAUAAUAAUAAUAAAUACAUACAUAUAUUUUUAGAUACAAAA